AUGAAGUUGUUGAAAAUUUUAUUUGCAGCGGGAGUUUCGGCUCAGCAUUGGAGCUUUGGUUUCAACCCAAGUGGCAAGAAAAGAUCUCCUGAGAUCGCUGAAAUGGAUCCCGAGUACGGCCCGAUGUCAGACUACUUAACAAAACGCUACGCAUCCCCAAUGCCCCUCGACUACUCUAAAUUCCUGAGCUCUCUUUUACCUCAACACCGACCAUCUCAAUUCGUUCGCCGAGACGAUCUCGAGUAA